AUGGUUGAGCUACCGACGGUGGGUCUCAGAGAGAGAUCAGAGUUAUGGAUGGCCACGACGGUGGAGGCGAAGUGUUUGGGAAGAAGGAUGGUAUCGGAAAUGGUGGCCCAAGACUUUUGGAUCCGGGCCGGAGUCAAGGGAACGGUGGCGGUGUAUGGACUGGAAAGGGAGUUUCUCCUUUUUCAGUUCGGGGAUUCUACAGAAAGAGAUGCAGUUCCUCGACGGCCGUGGAAUGUGGCGGAGCAACCGUUGGCUUUGGAGCCAUGGUGGUCGGGGUUCUUUCCAGCGGACGGAGCGAUCAGCACCGCCCUGGUUUGGAUCCGGCUGUCGCAACUACCGGUAGAAUACUGGGAGGAGGUGGCGAUUCGGGAGAUCGUGCGCCCCGUCGAGGAGUUUUUUUCGGUCGACGAAUGCAUCUCGGAGAUCAAGCAGCUAGGGUUCGUCCGGGUCUACGUGAAGAUUGACCUCUCCCGACCACUAAGGCCAGGGGUGCUCGUCGGAGGGCUGGACGGGCCAUUUUGGCAGCGGUUUGUGUUCGAGAACUUGGAGGGGGUCUGCCUCAACUGUGGCUUCUUCCACAAGCCGGAGGAGCGAUGUCGGACCACAAGGAAAUCAGGGAGCACGGCGGCCGGCUUGGUCCCGGCCUUGGAAGCCCAGCGUUGGGCAAGGUGA